ACAUGUGUGCACUGACAUAAUUCAUUGAUAGCCACCUGGACUGCUGCAAAUGGGGUACAGGUUUUAAAAGUGGGGGGCCUGACCAGCCUGGGGCUCGCCUGUCGAGACAGCCACAAAGGCAUGUCCUCUUGUCAGUCCGGCAAGUGACGCCGCUCCACGCUCUUCUCUCUGCCAGACGACAGAAGAACAGUCAGUACCUCCCGAUUGAGAUGCGACCGAGCUCUUGGGUGAGGAACACUGGCCCCCUAUAUCCGGAUCAGACCAGCCUAGCUGCUGGACCCCCGAGGACAGAACCACUGGGAUCCCACUUAAGCCUGUACCCACAGCACCAGGAAUUGUUGCUCAAGACUGGGUGCAGUUGUGCUGCUAGGAGGAGCCUGGUCUUCAGGAGAAAAAUGUCUGUUCAGGAUUGGAGGGACAGACUGUCCCAGAGUUGGCUUCCUGAUCAUCUCUCCCUCUUCUGCUCCCCAGUUUCCACAAAAGCCACCUUCCCCUGCAGUCUCCGUAUCUGAUAAAUCUAGAUAUUCAGAACCAAAAUUCUGUAUAACUGAAAUAUAUGGAAUCUGGAAUUUCUUCAAACCAGGGACAAAUUCCUUUAAUUUUUCAAGUUUUAGUAGCCUCCUUUGAUUGUCAGUCACAACCUGGGAGAUAGUAACCCAGAAGAAUACACCUGCUUGCAGGGACAGAGGAUGUGAUGGAGCUGCUUGAAGAAGAUCUUACGUGCCCAAUCUGUUGCAGUCUGUUUGAUGAUCCUCGAGUUUUGCCUUGCUCUCACAACUUUUGCAAAAAAUGCUUAGAAGGGAUCUUAGAGGGGACUGGGCGGAACUCAUUGUGGAGGUCAUCUCCAUUCAAGUGCCCCACAUGCCGUAAGGAAACUUCAGCCUCUGGAGUCAAUAGCCUGCAGGUUAAUUACUCCCUGAAGGGUAUUGUGGAGAAGUAUAACAAGAUCAAGAUCUCUCCAAAAAUGCCAGUGUGCAAAGGACACUUGGGGCAGCCUCUCAACAUUUUCUGCCUGACUGAUAUGCAGCUGAUUUGUGGAAUCUGUGCUACACGUGGUGACCACACCAAACAUGUCUUCUGUUCUAUUGAAGAUGCCUAUGCUCAGGAAAGGGAUGCCUUUGAGUCCCUCUUUCAGAGCUUUCAGACCUGGCGUCGGGGAGAUGCUCUUUCUCGUUUGGAUACCUUGGAAACUAACAAAAGGAAAUCUCUACAGUUACUGACUAAAGAUUCAGAUAAAGUGAAGGAAUUUUUUGAGAAGUUACAACACACAUUAGAUCAAAAGAAGAAUGAAAUCCUUUCUGACUUUGAGACCAUGAAACUUGCAGUUAUGCAAGCCUAUGACCCAGAGAUUAACAAACUCAACACCAUCUUACAGGAACAACGAAUGGCCUUUAACAUUGCUGAGGCCUUCAAAGACGUGUCAGAACCAAUCAUAUUUCUGCAACAGAUGCAGGAAUUCAGGGAAAAAAUAAAAGUAAUCAAGGAAACUCCUUUACCUCCCUCUAAUUUGCCCACAAGCCCUUUAAUGAAGAACUUUGAUACCAGUCAGUGGGAAGACAUAAAACUAGUAGAUGUGGAUAAACUUUCUUUGCCUCAAGACACUGGCAUACUCAUUGGCAAGAUUCCCUGGAGCUUUUAUAAGUUUGUAGUAGUCAUUCUGCUUGGCCUUCUCAUUUUCUUCGGUCCUACUAUAUUCUUAGAAAGGUCUUUAUUUGAUGAGUUCUCAACCUGGAAAGACCAUCUUUCACACUUCAGUUCCUAUCUGACUAAAUCGCCUGAUUUUGUAGAACAAUCAGUUUUUUACUGGGAACAGGUGACAGAUGGGUUUUUCAUUUUCAGUGAAAGAUUCAAGAAUUUUACUUUGGUGGUCCUGAAUAAUGUGGCAGAAUUUAUGUGCAAAUAUAAACUAUUAUAAAAUCUAUUUUAAGUGCAUAGUUCUCUUUUUUUUGUUAGACAUUUGUUAGAGAACAGAGUGGUAGUUCAGAUUUGGUCAAAGAUUCCAGUCAGAUACUUUCCUUCAAAAGUAAUAUCUUACAUAUGCCUUUCAAAUUAGGUAGUAUAAAGAUAAAAGUGAAAUUUAACUGUACAGUCCUGAACCCUCCUUUUUUAAAGAGUGCUUUUGAAAUAAGUAUCAUACUCCCCAAUAUUGUGUUUAUGCUAUGUAAAAAGGGGAGGUGAGAGAGCACAUGAUGUAAUAUUGUAUUGAUGAGGUAAUGUAAUAGUGAUUGAAUCUAAUAAAGACUACUCUUGUAAAGCAACUUUUUUUUUUUAAAGGAAACAGGUGGAUUGGAUUUCCAGAUUUUUCUGCCAAGGGUAGAUUUUCUUUUUUGCUAAAGUGUAAAUCAUAUAAAGUGCAAAUAAAAAGUGGCAUUUUCUUGU